GAGGCACAAGGAUGGUAACUGGCCAAGGUGGCCCAGCAGAGCAACUUGAACCAUGCCCGUCACACAGAUGGAAGUCAGAGGCCGAGAGUGUGCAGGCUGUGCCUUGAGGGUACAGGACGGCCCAUGAAUCACUCAGUCUGGUGGGAGGUGGGUGCCAUGGGCAGAGGCUGCCCAGUGCUGAGAGCAGGGGAAAGGUGCUGGGCCCGGGGCCCACGCUGGAGCGGGCAGGCACGUGACUAUCCAGGGCCCUCCCCUGGCCCACUGGCCGCCUGCCUCUGCCGGCCAGGCCUGCACCACCCCAGACCCUAUAAGGCCUGGGAGCUGAGAGCAGAGCCAGAUGCCAGCUGUGCUUCCCGUCACUCCAGGGGACCCUCACACGGUCCAGCUGCUUAGAGGAUUACCAUGUCUGCUCAAGAUGGAGGCCGGGAUCCCCCCAAACCCAAGGGCAAGACCCUGGGCAGCUUCUUUGGGUCCCUGCCUGGCUUCAGUUCUGCCCGGAACCCGGCGGCCCACGCCCACAGCUCAGCGAGAGAGGCCCGGCCGGUCGCCCAUCCCGCAGAUGCUCCAGCCACCGAGACUGCCCAGCCCCAGGCUCAGGUGGCCACCGACCCGGAGCAGACGACCAGGGGCAUUGAGAAGACGCUGCCGCUUUCAGACAGGGUCAUCUCCGGGACAAACGACUUAGUGUGGUCCAAGAUGACCAGGACCAAGGAUGCCUUCUCAUCUGGGAUGGCCAACGUCGUGGACACAGCUAAAGGCGUGGUCCAAGGAGGCCUGGGCAUGACCCAGUCCACGCUCACAGGCACCAAGGAUGCAGUGUCCACUGGGCUCACUGGGGCAGUGAACAUGGCCAAGGGCACUGUCCAAAUGGGCAUGGACACCACCAAGACCGUCCUAACAGGCACCAAAGAUGCAGUGUCCACUGGCCUCACUGGAGCAAUGGGUGUGGCCAAGGGGGCGGUCCAGACGGGCGUGGACACCACCAAGACUGUCCUAACAGGCACCAAAGAUGCAGUGUCCACUGGCCUCACUGGGGCAGUGAACCUGGCCAAGGGCACCGUCCAGACUGGCAUGGACACCACCAAGACUGUCCUAACAGGCACCAAAGAUGCAGUGUCCACUGGCCUCACUGGAGCAAUGGGUGUUGCCAAAGGGGCCGUCCAGAUGGGUGUGGACACCACCAAGACUGUCCUGACAGGCACCAAAGAUGCAGUGUCCACAGGGCUCACUGGGUCAGUGAACAUGGCCAAGGGCACCAUCCAGACUGGUAUGGACACCACCAAGACCGUCCUAACAGGCACCAAAGAUGCAGUGUCCACUGGGCUCACUGGGGCAGUGAACAUGGCCAAGGGCACCGUCCAGACUGGCAUGGACACCACCAACACUGUCCUCACAGGCACCAAAGAUGCAGUGUCCACUGGACUUACUGGGGCAGUGAACAUGGCCAAGGGCACCGUCCAAACUGGCAUGGACACCACCAAGACCGUCCUAACAGGCACCAAAGAUGCAGUGUCCACUGGGCUUACUGGGGCAGUGAACAUGGCCAAGGGCACCGUCCAGACUGGCAUGGACACCACCAAGACCGUCCUAACAGGCACCAAAGAUGCAGUGUCCACUGGGCUUACUGGGGCAGUGAACAUGGCCAAGGGCACCGUCCAGACUGGCAUGGACACCACCAAGACUGUCCUGAGAGGCACCAAAGAUGCAGUGUCCACUGGGCUUACUGGGGCAGUGAACAUGGCCAAGGGCACUGUCCAGACUGGCAUGGACACCACCAAGACCGUCCUAACAGGCACCAAAGAUGCAGUGUCCACUGGGCUCACUGGAGCAAUGGGUGUGGCCAAAGGGGCCGUCCAGAUGAGCGUGGACACCACCAAGACUGUCCUAACAGGCACCAAAGAUGCAGUGUCCACUGGCCUCACUGGAGCAAUGGGUGUGGCCAAGGGGGCUGUCCAGACGGGCAUGGACACCACCAAGACUGUCCUCACAGGCACCAAAGAUACAGUGUCCAUUGGGCUCACUGGGGCAGUGAACAUGGCCAAGGGCACCGUCCAGACUGGCAUGGACACCACCAAGACUGUCCUAACAGGCACCAAAGAUGCAGUGUCCACUGGCCUCACUGGAGCAAUGGGUGUGGCCAAGGGAGCCGUGCAGAUGGGCAUGGACACCACCAAGACUGUCCUGACAGCCACCAAAGAUGCAGUAUCCACUGGGCUCACUGGAUCAGUGAACAUGGCCAAGGGCACCGUCCAGACUGGCGUGGACACCACCAAGACCGUCCUGACUGGCACCAAAGAUGCAGUGUCCACUGGCCUCACUGGAGCAAUGGGUGUGGCCAAGGGAGCCGUCCAGACCGGCGUGGACACCACCAAGACCGUCCUGACUGGCACCAAAGAUGCAGUGUCCACUGGCCUCACUGGAGCAAUGGGUGUGGCCAAGGGGGCCGUCCAGACUGGCAUGGACACCACCAAGACUGUCCUAACAGGCACCAAAGAUACAGUGUCCAUUGGGCUCACUGGGGCAGUGAACAUGGCCAAGGGCACCGUCCAGACUGGCAUGGACACCACCAAGACUGUCCUAACAGGCACCAACGAUGCAGUGUCCACUGGCCUCACUGGAGCAAUGGGUGUGGCCAAGGGAGCCAUCCAGACUGGCGUGGACACCACCAAGACCAUCCUGACUGGCACCAAAGAUGCAGUGUCCAUUGCGUACACUGGAGCAAUGGGUGUGGCCAAGGGGGCCGUCCAGACCGGCGUGGACACCAGCAAAUCUGUCCUGACUGGAACCAAAGAUGCAGUGUCCACUGCGUACACUGGAGCAAUGGGUGUGGCCAAGGGGGCCGUCCAGACCGGCGUGGACACCAGCAAAUCUGUCCUGACUGGAACCAAAGAUGCAGUGUCCACUGCGUACACUGGAGCAAUGGGUGUGGCCAAGGGGGCCGUCCAGACCGGCGUGGACACCACCAAGACCGUCCUGACUGGCACCAAAGAUGCAGUGUCCACUGCGUACACUGGAGCAAUGGGUGUGGCCAAGGGAGCCGUCCAGACCGGCGUGGACACCACCAAGACCGUCCUGACUGGCACCAAAGAUGCAGUGUCCACUGCGUACACUGGAGCAAUGGGUGUGGCCAAGGGAGCCGUCCAGACCAGCAUGGACACCACCAAAUCUGUCCUGACUGGCACCAAAGAUGCAGUGUCCACUGGGCUCACUGGGGCAGUGAACAUGGCCAAGGGCACUGUCCAAACUGGCAUGGACACCACCAAGACCGUCCUCACUGGCACCAAAGAUGCAGUGUCCACUGGGCUCACUGGAGCAAUGGGUGUGGCCAAGGGGGCCAUCCAGACUGGCAUGGACACCACCAAGACCGUCCUGACAGGCACCAAAGAUGCAGUGUCCACAGGGCUCACUGGGGCAGUGAAUGUGGCUACAGGGGCUGUGCAAACUGGGCUGAAUACAACCCAAAAUGUUUCAGCUGUCACAAGGAACACCGUCUCCAGUGGCAUGGCUGGUGCCAUGAAUGUGGCCAAUGCUGCUGCCCAGUGGGGUCUGGACACCUCGAAGGCUGUCCUCACAGGCACCAAAGAUGCCGUGUCCACUGGGCUCACCAGGGUAGGGAACGUGGCCCGAGGAGGUGUGCAGACUGAUUUCGGAACCAUCCAGAACUGGUUACCUGGUUCCCAGGAUGCUGCCUCAGGUGGACUCGCCACUUCCGGAGCCCCAGAUGAAGGAGAACAAACCAUCCUGAACCCUCAUGAGGCUCAGUCCUGCGGGGUCUCCAGGCCCCUGGACACUCUGUGUGCACACCUGGACCUUGCUGGGAAAGCCACCACCAAUACCAAGGGCCUCGUGUCAGCUGAGGUGACAUUCACCCAAGGGGCUGCCCUGGGCAAGGAGGAUGACGUAGGGCCUGGGGCCACCACUUGCGGCCAGGAAGGAGCCCGGGGCUUUGCAACACUCCGGGAUGAGCUGGAGGAGCUGGGGGAGAUCUUCCAGCCCAUGAGCACCGAGGAACAAGCUCAGCUGGCUGCCUCCCAGCCCCGGCUGAGGGAGUCCACGGCCGACCAAAGCAGCUACUUCGUGCGCCUGGGCGACUUGGACCCCAGCUUCCGCCAGCGGGCUUUCGAGCACGCCCUGAGCCACCUGCAGCAAGGCCAGUUCCAGGCCCUGGACGUGCUGGCCCAGCUCGAGGACGCCUUCUGGCUGAUUGAGAAGGCCCAGCAGGCUCCAGACCAGCAGCCGUGGCCGGACCAGGAUCUGAGCAGCCAAGCCGGCGCCCGAGAGGUGCCAGCCGCCGGGGCUCUGUCCAGGGUCUGCAGCCUUGUCCAGCAGCUCCAUGUCGCCUACAGCAGCCUGGCCUCCGGCCUCCAGGGCCUCCCCGCCGAGCUCCGGUGGCAGCUCAGGCAGGCGCGGCACAGCCUCUGCGAGCUGCACAGUGUCGUCUCCUGUGCCGCCUCCGUGGCGGAGCUGCCGGCCGAGCGCCUGGCCCAGAGCCGCCAGGGCGUACGCCAGGCGUGGCAGGGGCUGGAGCAGCUGCUGGAGAGCAUGCAGCACAGCCCUCCGCUCAGCUGGCUGGUGGGGCCCUUCACCCUGCACCCCGAUGGGCAGCAGCUGUAGGAGCCCCUCCCCCGCCCGAAACCAGCCCCAACCCCCGGAAGCUCCGGGCCCUGCCGGCUGGCGCCCCACCUUUCUCCCAGAGCACAGCUGGCCCCUUUGGCCGAGGAGCCCGGGGCGGCUAAGACCCUCGACGGCGGCGGGGGGGCCCGGGCUUCGCCUGAAGAUCUCAAGCAAGCGCUUCAUUUAGGAACAAAAAGGGGAAUCGUGCCUGUCUUGAAGGUUCCCCACUCAGCACCCCCAGUAGGGCCCUUUUAUCUUUUACCUCUGGGGGGGUCUUCCACCCCAGCCUGGGCCCUCUAGCUAUACCAGCUUGGCAGGCAGCCCCGCUCCUCCAUCCUGGGCUCCAGGCAGCUCCGUCCUCGCUCUGAAAGCCUACACCCCUCAGCAAACAGCGCAUGCCAGAAGGUACCAGAACGCCACCAUCAUCCUGAGGCAGGUAGGCCCCCACCGCCUCUGCCGACCCAGCCCAGGGGCUUCAUGAAGGCAAAGCCGCAGCAGCCACUGACAGCUGAGGACCGGACUGUCCGGGCGGGGGUGGGGUGAGUACACAUCCCUUCCUGCUGCAGCCCACUAACCCGGCAGCGCCCCCUGGUCAUGGGUGAUCACAAGGAUCCCACAGAUGAUGUUCUCAGGUCCCUGGGCCCAGAGGCUGCCAAUGAAGGAAUAAAGGGGCUCCCUCACAAGGGAUGGGGCCCUAGGGAGCACGUGACAAAAUGUGCUCGGGGGACUUCCCAGGUGGUCCAGUGGUAAGGACUCUGUGCUUUCACUGCCGAGGGUGCGGGUUGGAUCCCUGGUCGGGGAACUAAGAUCCCACAAACCACAAGGCGCGGCCAGAAAAACCAAAAACAGAAAAACGUGCUCGACACACGUUCAGGUCACGUGCUCCAGGCCGGAGACCAGCAGCCCCGGGACAAGGGCCCCUUCCUUCCCGCCGUGCUCUCCCUGGAUCCUUGGGGCACCCUGCGAGGUGGGCUGCACAUGGGAAGGUGGGACAACAGAGGGCCACUCCCCCUGCUCCCCGGGAGAUGCUGAGGGAGCUGCUGCGUCAGAAUUCCAGCGGCCCGAGGCUUGUCAAGCCCCCACUUCCCACGCCCGCAGCCCCCCUAUCUGGCCACCUCCUUGACGGAGGAAGCAAAGAGGCCCCGCUUCUCAGAAAUCACCAGGUGCUCCAAGCCCUGGGACGGAUGGGCCAGCUCUCCCCAGAGGGUCACCACGGCUGCCAGGGGCCACGAGGGGCCCUGCACCACAGGAGCUGGCCGAGGCAAGACACGGGGACCAGUCCGGGAACUUCCCCGAGCCCUUCCUUCCUCACUCCCCAUCACGGACGGCCAUCGGAGGGGGUGACACUGGAAACAGUCGUUCACGGAAACCGAGCUCAGCGACAACCAAAUCCAACCAAACCAAACCAAACCUAACCAAACGGGGCAGGGGCGGGGCCGGUAUGCCAAGCCCAGGGAGCAAAACCACACCACACCUCUCUCUCAGCCGGGACAGAGGGGCUCGGCCACCGGCAGGACAGGGGACACACGGUAGAGGCCACCGUUUAACCAGCAACCGCCGUGUGCAGAUGCCUGGCUGGGUGCUGCACACACAUCCCCCCACACCUGAAUCCAAGCGACAGGUGAGCACAGAGAAGCCCAGAGCGUGGGGUGUCACUCGGCCCACGUCACACAGCGAGGCCUGCCCCCAACAACACCCAUGCCCUGUGAACAUCGAGGACAACAGACAGCCCUCAGCAUCCCUCCUGGUACUUUUGGAAAGGCCUUGCUCACUGCCUCCGUCAGCCCUGCAGGGCCUGGAGCACCAUCAGAACCAAAUUCAUAUUCGCUGUUCACGGUGACCCUAUGGCUUAAAACCCUCUGUCCCUGGACGGCUCCUUGACAACUGCAAACCAGACACGCUAGAAAACCGAGCCAAUAAAAGCAACUUUUUUUUUUCAUUAAAAAAACCCUUUAUAGUCAUUUCAUGUCCGUUGGAAAUCACAGAAAUUAGGCAAAAAAAAAAAAACCCAGGGGGACAAAUACAAACGAACAACACAGCGUCUCCCCAACAGUUCUCUGCUCCCUGGGUGCCGGGAAGGAGCCAGGCAGGCCUCGGGGCAGCUGCGCCUGGCGGCGGGGCCCGGCCGCAGGCUGCCCGGCUCAGCUGUCCUCGUCGUCCAGGGACUCCGAGUCCACCCGCAGCCUCUCUCGCUCCUGCCGCUCCUUCCCGGGCCCGUCCAGGUCGGGGCCCUCCCGCGCGCUGCUGGUGGAGGACAGCACGGGCGGGCGGGGGUGAGCAGGCCCCUUGCUGUCUGUCUCCUUCCUUCCACCUACAGAGACCAACAGCCCUCGCCCCCAACCUCCCCCUGCCGUGCCUGCGGCCCCGGCUGCUCCCGUGGCGGGUGUCAGGAGGGAGCCACCCUCCUAGAGCUCAGGCCCAGGCCAGUCAGCCCCGAGCCCAGAGCUCCCUCCGAGGGGCCUGGGGGUCAGUCAGCAUGUGGGAGACUGCUGUCCCUCUGGCCCUUACCCACUGGGAGCAGCUCAGACACCGGGCUGCCUUCUCCGGAAGUUGCCCCUGCGGCCCCGGCGACACUUACUCGUUGUGUAACGGGUCUUCAGAGGAGCCGCCCCCCGGCCCCUCCUCUGAGUUCUGUCCUUCAUCCGGCUCCUUGUCCUCCAUGCUCUCCCCCUUCUGGGACGUGGCCUCCCCGUUCACAGGGGCUGCGAGAUCUGCAGGGAGAGAGGCUCGUGGGACGCUGUGGGGCAACCCCCCUGCAGAGAGCGAGCAGCGUGCGAGCACCCGCCUGUGCACCUGAAUUCACCCGCACCCCCGAGCCACCGGACACACGGGGGCGGCCGGCUGCGUGGGGCUCUUCCUCCAGCCGGCCCCUGGCCCGUCCACGCAGCCUGAAGAUGGGAGGGGCCGGUAAACAAACGGCCGUGGGCAACACCGGGGAAAGCCUGCCACGGCCGUGUCCAAACAGACGUAAAGAGAAACGCCCCCUCUGUGCUCUCCCCCGGGCAGCCUCGGCUUCAACUAAGCCCUCUCGGUGCUGGCCUUACGGGCUGCUCCAAACAUCUCUCACCAGGACCGCAUGACCCCAGCAGGAAGGAACGCUCUCCUGUCCCCGCAGCCACUGUCCCCACCGCAGACACCCUUUCUCCUCUCAGCCCACCCGUGGCCCUCCCCUCCCAGACCUCUGCGACCGCCCGUCCCAAACACACUCGCGCACCUGGCCGCACACACACACAGCCUCCCCUGCUAGCUGGCUCUGAGGGUCUGGAUGGAGCCUAUGAGCAGCACAGGGGCGUGUGGCCCGGACACCAGCUGCCUUGGGGACACAGCCAGCCUGCGCAGCGAGUACCGACAGGUGGCGCCACCUGGGCGGUCUGCUCAGAGCCCCGCCCGCCAGCUCCUCACCAGCGCUCGUCUCGUCCUCCGCCCUCUCCGCAGGGGCCUCCUCUCCAGCCAGUAUCUCCUCGGCCUUCUCCGGCCCAGUUCUGGUCGCCUUCUGGAUGGCCUCGAUCUUUGGUCCCAGGACCCGAGACUUGAGCCGGGCGUAGACCUCCGCAGCCUUCUCCAUCACCUCCUUGUUGGCCUUGUAGCGGCGGAUCUGGCCCACCAAGAGGCCUGGCUCAGGGGGCGCAGCCACCUCACCCCCCGCCCAAGACCCUCCCCCAUCACCGCACCCCGCAGCGCCUCCCGUGCACACGGCUUCCUCCUCGCUGACCACAGGCGGCCGUGGCCGGAAGCCCAGCGCCCCAAGCAGACCCGUAGCCCCACCACCAGCCCCUUCAACCCCUGGGCUCCCGCCGCACCUUCUUCAACGUGGCCACCACGUCCGUGUUCUUCUGGAGGAUCUGUGAGGUCACCUGCAGGGUCCCUAGUUCCUCUAACGCGUUCAGACACCUCUUCACAUCCUGCGGGGCAGCGAGGGCAGCGAGGAGGGUCAGCGCCUAGCUGCGGGGGUUCUAGGGGGCCCAAGAGGGCAGAGAAGGACACCCUGGGCUGAGCAACAGGGAGCCCCGGGGACGGUGGUGAAGCACCCAGAACUCGAGGGGUCUUGGGGCCUCGCGUGGCAUCACCUGGUGGGAACGCAGAGCACUGCACUCAGGAGGCCAAGCUGGGCCCUUAUCUGGUGGACGCCCACGCGAACAAGGACCCUGCCCUGCGCAUGCGGCCUGACUUUGCCUCAGCGUCCCCAGACUUCUCAGGGAGCUCGAGCGAUGAGGGGGCAGGGGAACUGAGACAUGACCUCUGCACCCCGAGGAAGGUCUCACCGGAUUGUCAACCUUCAGGGCGAACUUGAUCUCGCUGUGCAGCUUCUGAAGCUUCUCCUCCACGGAAGGUUCUGUGGCCAAGAGAGAAGGCAGCGCCCAGGCCUGAGCGGGGUCCCUGGUGAUGGGAGCCGGCUCCUCCAGGGCCGUCCCUCCUCCCGUUCGGCGACCUCAGGCUGCAACCAGGGCUGGGCAGCUGGCCCCUCACCUUUCUUCUUCUCAACCUUCCGGUCUGGUGGGAACCCUUCUGACCGCUUCCGGGUCCGUUCC